CGGCGGCCGCAGCCACUCAAGGAGGUCGGUGCCGCCGUGUGGACCCGCCGAAGGCGCGGGCUGCUGGUCCCGCGUGGAGAAGGUGCGGCGGUCCUGGGGCUAUGGAGCCUGGUGACGCGGCGCGCCUGGGCCCCGGUUGGGCUGUCCGAGUGCUACCACCAAAGCUGCUACUGCUGUCGCUGCUGCUGCCGCUGCUGCUGGGCCGGGGGCUGCGUGCAGGGGCUGGGGCCUCUUCCUCUGGGGCGGUGGCGGAGGACAGCAGCGCCAUGGAGGAGCUUGCCACUGAGAAGGAGGCUGAGGAGAGCCACCGGCAAGACAGCGUGAGCCUGCUCACCUUCAUCCUGCUGCUCACCCUCACCAUCCUCACCAUCUGGCUCUUCAAACACCGCCGGGUGCGCUUUCUGCACGAGACCGGACUGGCCAUGAUCUAUGGGCUCAUCGUCGGGGUGAUCCUGAGAUAUGGCACCCCUGCUACCAGUGGCCGUGACAAAUCGCUGAGCUGUACUCAGGAAGACAGGGCAUUCAGCACCUUAUUAGUGAAUGUCAGUGGGAAGUUCUUCGAGUACACUCUGAAGGGAGAAAUCAGCCCGGGCAAGAUCAACAGUGUAGAGCAGAAUGACAUGCUGCGGAAGGUAACAUUUGAUCCAGAGGUAUUUUUCAACAUUCUGCUGCCCCCAAUUAUUUUCCAUGCUGGAUACAGUUUAAAGAAGAGACAUUUUUUCAGAAAUCUUGGCUCUAUUCUGGCCUAUGCUUUUUUGGGAACUGCAGUUUCCUGCUUCAUUAUUGGAAAUCUCAUGUAUGGCGUGGUGAAGCUUAUGAAGAUUGUGGGCCAGCUCUCUGAUAAAUUUUACUACACAGAUUGUUUGUUUUUUGGAGCAAUUAUCUCUGCAACUGACCCAGUGACUGUGCUGGCGAUAUUUAAUGAAUUGCACGCUGAUGUGGAUUUGUAUGCACUUCUGUUUGGAGAGAGCGUCCUAAACGAUGCUGUUGCCAUUGUACUGUCAUCGUCUAUUGUUGCCUACCAGCCAGCAGGACUGAAUACUCAUGCCUUUGAUGCUGCUGCCUUUUUUAAGUCAGUUGGCAUUUUUCUUGGUAUAUUUAGUGGCUCUUUUACCAUGGGAGCUGUAACUGGUGUUGUGACAGCUCUAGUGACCAAAUUUACCAAGCUGCACUGCUUCCCCCUGCUGGAGACGGCACUCUUCUUCCUAAUGUCCUGGAGUACAUUUCUCUUGGCAGAAGCCUGUGGAUUUACAGGUGUAGUAGCUGUCCUUUUCUGUGGAAUCACGCAAGCUCAUUAUACCUACAACAAUCUGUCUGUGGAAUCAAGAAGUCGAACAAAACAGCUCUUUGAGGUGUUACACUUCCUGGCUGAGAACUUCAUCUUCUCCUACAUGGGCCUGGCACUGUUUACCUUUCAGAAACACGUUUUCAGCCCCAUCUUUAUCAUUGGUGCUUUUGUUGCCAUCUUCCUGGGUAGAGCUGCGCACAUCUACCCGCUCUCCUUCUUCCUCAACUUAGGCAGAAGACACAAGAUCGGCUGGAAUUUCCAACACAUGAUGAUGUUUUCAGGCCUCAGGGGAGCAAUGGCAUUUGCUCUGGCUAUCCGUGACACAGCCUCAUAUGCUCGCCAGAUGAUGUUCACGACCACUCUCCUCAUUGUCUUCUUCACUGUCUGGAUCAUUGGUGGAGGUACAACACCCAUGUUGUCCUGGCUUAAUAUAAGAGUUGGUGUGGAGGAGCCCUCCGAAGAGGAUCAGAGUGCACACCGCUGGCAGUACUUCAGAGUUGGUGUUGAUCCAGAUCAAGACCCACCGCCCAACAAUGACAGCUUUCAAGUCUUACAAGGGGAUGGCCCCGAUUCUGCUGGAGGAAACCGGACCAAGCAGGAGAGUGCAUGGAUAUUCAGGCUGUGGUACAGCUUUGACCACAAUUACUUGAAGCCCAUCCUCACUCACAGUGGUCCACCACUAACCACCACUCUCCCGGCCUGGUGUGGCUUGCUGGCUCGAUGUCUGACCAGUCCCCAGGUAUAUGAUAACCAAGAGCCACUACGAGAAGAAGACUCAGAUUUCAUCCUCACCGAGGGUGACCUCACCUUGACCUAUGGAGACAGUGCAGUGACUGCCAAUGGCUCCUCGGGCUCCCACACAGCCUCUACCAGUCUGGAGGGUAGUCGGAGAACCAAGGGCAGCUCAGAAGAAGUGCUGGAGCGAGACCUGGGAAUGGGAGACCAGAAGCUUUCAAGCCGGGGCACACCUCUUGUGUUUCCUCUGCAGGAAAAUGCAUGACUUUCUGCCAUCCCUAAACCCUGAAGUGAUAGGGUGAGGCCCUGAGGGGUGAGGAUGGCUAUACCCCCCUCUAGUGUGUUUGAGUGGGGACGUUGACUGGAUUGAACAAAUGCUUCUGUUUUAUUGGGAUCUGAUGCUAUCUUAACAUUCAAAAUUUAACCCAAGGCGCAGAUGGUGAAGCUAAAGUGUCUCUAAUUUAAGACAAAUGCAGACCAUACUCCCAGUUUUUCACAUCGUCCUACUGUUUUCCAAGUUAAGCAAACAAAGUAAUAGCAUGCUUUAAACAGUCUCUUAAUUUGUCUGCCCGCAGCAUCUGAACACAUAGGGUGGCAGAGCAGAGACAGGGCUUCUGCCUGGCCACCCAUGAGACACUCCUAGGUCUACCACUGUGUGUCUAGCUGGCUCCAGGAUAUCAAGUUAUGGGAGAACAGGAUACCAAAAACUCAUGGAGGAAGGUAAUUGAAUUGGCCUUCCAAGGAUUCUGAGAUGCUGCUGUUAGACAGGACAAAAAGGACUAUUGGAUUGGAGACUGUGCUUUGAAGGCUGUGAGCAUCUCCUAUCAGGAGUCCUAGCCCUAGCUACCUGUGUUUCUCCUAACAAAAUGGUCAUUAGAAAAGGUAUCUAUGAGGCAUUGCAAAGCAAGGGCAAGAUGUAGUGUUCCUCCUCUGGAAAUUGCCAUGAAGAAGUCACUAAAAUGUUCAAAACCAAAGGCAAAUAGUAUUAUACUGGUGGGUUUAAAAAAAUCAAUCUGAGGACAGGAGAUAUUUCAAAAGUGGUAAUGGUAUAAUUGCAGAAAUGGUUCAACUUCUGAGGGCUACCAUGAGAGCUGGUUGUCUGGGAAAUGGCUAAAGAGAACUGAGGUAUUGUCUGUGGGGGUAAAGCUAUCACCAUGUAUAGGAAGCUUUUAUCUGGGGCAGAGAAAGCAACAAGGGUCU